AUGCACAUCCACCACCACCCCAUCACCCUCCUCUCCCUCCUCUCCCUCUUCACAACCCUCACCUCCGCCGCCUGUACUCUCUCCCACCUCCACUCCCUCACCGCCGCCCUCCACACCGCCCAAACCACCGGCCUCAACUCAAACACCACCCUCCUCACCCCAACCACCCACCUCACCCAAAACCGCCGCCCCGUAACCCUCUCCUCCUCCAUCCUCUCCACCCCUCUCCCAAUCGCCCACGCCCGCUCCCAACACGACCUCCCCCAAUGCGCCACCUUCAGCGAAUUCAUCGUCCUCAACGCCUCCGCCCCCUACGUCAUCGCAACCCAAAUGCGCAUCGACAACACAACGGGCCAACUCGCCCGCCUCGACGCAAUCGUCACUACAACCGGCGACUGGCUCUUCAACGCAACAGGCACCUACUACUGGGCCUCGCGCGAGCACUGGGGUCCCCUGACGCAAGCGCAGCGCACUUCGCGCAAUGUCAUCAAGGCGGCGGCGGAUGCGUAUUGCGAUUUGUUUGCGGAUAAGAGCGUUGUUGUGCCGUGGGGGAGUCCGUGUGCGCGGCUUGAGGGCGGGGCGUAUACGGGGAAGGGGGCGGCGAGUGAUCGGUGUGAUGUUGGGGUGCCGAGUGGGGUGGCGUUGGUGAAUAGGCAGUAUGUGAUUGAUGAGGAUUAUGGGACUGUGGAUGUUAUGAUGGAUUUUGGGGGUACGGUAGGGGGCGGGGGUUUGUGA